AUGUUCAAUGAUUAUAAUUAUACAAUUAGAAUGAUACAAAUUAAUUAUUCAUUAUAUUUACCUAUAAAUAAUAAAACAUUAACACAUUUUAUAACUGAACCAGUUGAAAUUUAUUUACCAAGUAUUAUUACAACAACUAUAUUACUUAUAAUUAUAUCUAUUAUUGGUACAAUAGGUAAUAGUUUUGUUGUAUGGGCAUUUAUAAAACAAGUAAAACAAGGUAUUAUAUCUGGUUUAUUUAUUUUAUUAUUAGCAUGUAAUGAUUUAUUUAUAUGUCUUAUUAUAAUACCAUGUACAUUAUAUUUAGAUAUAUGGACUGGUGAUACAACUGAUUGGAUAUGUCGUAUACAUUUAACAAUGAAAGGAUUUGUUGUACCUAUAUCAGCAUGUAUAUUAAUGUUAAUAGCAAUAGAAAGAUUUUUAUUAAUUUGUUUUAUACCUGGUAUACAAAUGCAACGUAUACAUAUUAUUAUAUCAUUAAUAAUUAUAUUAUGUAUUGGUUUAUUAUGUGCUAUACCAAUGGGUUUACAUGUUCAUGCAAUUGAUUUAUUUAAACAACGUGAUGAAUUAUUAGAUUUAAAUACAUUAAAAUAUGGUUUAUCUAAUAUAGAUAAUAAUGAAUGGUUACAUCAAUUACGUGUUACAAAACGAUGUGAUAAAGAUGAUACCUAUAUUAAUGAUCAAUUCUAUUGUAUAGCUAGUAUAUAUAGUUUAAUUUUUUUAUUUGUAUGGAAACAUGAAUCAUUUAUGUAUGAAAAAUAUGGUAAUUCUAAAUUAAAAGGUAAUUGGAUACGUAUACAUGCUACACCAAAUUCAUCCGGUGAUUUCAAUGAAUUCAAAUGGUAUUCUAUUAAAAAACAUAGAUCAUUACGUAAAAAAUUAAAACAAUCAAAUGAUUUAUAUAAUAAACAAAAUGAAAGACAACAAUUAGAACUGGAAACUCUUGAACAACAUAAACAAAGUUCUUUGGAACAAUUAACGAGUUUAUCACAAUCUCAAUCGUAUUUAAAACAACAACAAGAACAACAACAACAACAAGAACAACAACAACAACAACAAGAACAACAACAAGAACAGCAACAACAACAACACGAACAACAACAAGAACAAGAACAACACGAACAACAAGAAGAACAACAACAAACUUUAGAAAUUCAUCAAACUUUCACAGAUAUAAAAACAUCAACAAGUUUUAUAAUAUCAAAUUUAGAUAGAAUAAAUUGUGUAUGUUUAUGUGAAACAAAUAAUCGCAAUGAAUUGAUUCCAAUGAAUUUAUAUUCAACUUAUCAUGAUCAAUUAUUAAAUAAUAAUAAUAUUCAUCCAAAUAAUGAUAAUGAAGAGUUACCUAGUAACAAGACAAUUCAAACUAUGUUAGAAUGCAAUCAUAAACCUCAAUUAUUAUUAUUAUCAUCAUCAUCAUCAACAACAACAAGAAUGGAAUUAUCUAUAGUGAAUUUAGAACAUAAACGUAAAUCACAUAUACGUACAGCCCAAACAUUAGCAUUAAUUGCAAUUAAUUUUAUUAUCUCAUAUACACCAUAUCUUAUUUAUACAACAAUACCAAUACAAAAAAGACAAAUUAUAUUAUUUAAAGAGAAAUUAAAUUGGACAAUACAAAUAAGACGUAUAUUAUUUUAUAUGUAUUUUAUUAAUUCAGCAUUAAAUCCAAUUAUCUAUUCAUGUAUGAAUAGACAUUUUCGUUUAUGUCUUAUUAAAUUUUAUACAAAAUUAAAAAAAAAAUUAAAAAAAUAAAUAUAUAUCAUUUGUAUUUUGAUUGAUUAUUGAUUAUUGAUUAUUGAUUUCAAUGAAUUGAUUGGAUAAUUCAUUCCUUCAUUCAUUCAUUCAUAUAUAUAACUUUCAUUCUUAUUAUAUCUUAUUUAUGAAAUAACUUUAUAUUCAUCUUAUGAUUAUUAUUAUUAUUAUUAU